AUCGCCUACACCAUCGCACGCAUCGUCGCCCGCACGCACCAUCACACGCACCAUCGCCCGACUCAUCGCCACAACUAGUCGUCAUGAAGUACCAGAUCUCGAUCGCCGAAGACUGCCAGCUUGGACUGGACUAUCUUAGAAGCAAAGUGCGGGCUCUCGAAAUUCUCUUGAAGGCCUGGGAAAGAAUUGUUUUCACGUCACCAAGAGUUGCAGCGAAAGACGCCGCGGCAGUAGCGAAAGACCAAACCCUGUUCAAAAAGUCCCUCAUAACGUAUGAAAAGACAUUGAGAACAAUAGUCCCCCCCGAACCGACACGGGGAGAUGUGAAUCGGUUCAUAUUUGCUUGUUGGGCGCAAAAUCCCCAGCUGGAAAAUCUCUUCAAACACCUAGGGAGCAGAUUCGAACCUGUCUUUCGAGAAAUCGCUCCGCUGCCUGACAUCGAACAGACGGCUAUCAAGAAAUACUUAACCAUCAUCCAGAGCGUGAUUCCCGAUGCCGAUUUUAAUGCAUCACUCAGAAAGGCUUUCGCGCCCUCAGACACGGCGGACGGUGCCACAGAACCUGCAAACCUGGCUGAAGAUGUGCAUUUUGACCAUUAUACGGACGGCACUCCACAACCUCCCGAGCAAACACAUAUUCAAGAGGAUACCAGCUACCGUGGAUUUGCCCAAGAUGAUCAAGUCGGGGCAUUGCAACCGACGAUUGGCGGACAAAGCUUCAACCGCCAUCACGCAGAUUGGGCCUCAUACCAGACACCUGUUCGCGACGAUCAGCUUGGAGUAUUGCAACGACUGACUGGCGGACCCCCCAACAAACGCCAACGCAUUAGCCAUCACGGAGAUUUCGCUGCCACCUUCAACGCGGAUACAGCCAAGGUGGAGUACACCCUCACGUACGGUCGCAAGCCCGACCUUCCACGCCACUUCUCCAGUCAGAUGAUCAGAAUCCUUGAAAAUCAAUGGAGCUGGGGGCAGGCUAGAGCACACAACACGCCUGUGGUUAUGGCACAUUAUAUGGGGAACAAAGUACGCUUUGAGUUGCAGGUAAAUGGAAUUGAUCGUAUCAGUAUAGACCAGGUGUUUCGUGAUGAGGUUUGGGGGACCAUCCGGGGAAUUGAGAAAGUCAACGUUCUGUACAUUGACACAACAUACGAACGCGGAUCUGCUAUCUGCCACACGCUCUUCUAGCUGAAUUUAACCUUCAUUUCGUACA